UUGCCAGCAAUGCUACAUCGCACAGCUGAUUCAUGUUUGUUGAUAAAAAUUUGUAAUACCAGAAGCCUGAUUUUACGUACUUAACAUAAAAUCGAAUUACUCGGUUAAGAUAAGUACUUCUAUUGUACUGCAAAUCUCACGGAUAAAUGUGGUGUGAUCUCAUGUCAACAGAUUAAAAUGACGAACGGCAAACGUCCUAAAGUAGCCUUUAUUCAUCCCGAUUUGGGAAUAGGAGGAGCAGAAAGACUGGUACUAGACAUGGCGAAUGCACUCUGUGAUGAAUAUGAAAUUAUGUUCCUGGUCAAUCACUUUGAUCCAAAUCAUUGUUUCGAUGAGUUGAAAGAUGAACGUUACGAAAUAAAUACAUUUGGAGAUUGGAUCCCAAGAGACAUCUUUGGUAGAUGUCGAGCACUGUGUGCCUAUAUAAAAAUGAUUUAUCUGGUUAUGGUUUUACUUCUUUUUUAUAGAAAACAAUAUGGCAUUGAUUUCUUCAUAGUUGAUUUAAUUCCAAUAGCAGUUCCAUUCUUGAAAUUAUUCAAUCAAAAAGUCUUUUAUUACUGUCAUCAUCCAGAUUUGUUGGCAACCACUAGGGAAAAUUUGUUGAAAAAAUUUUAUAGAAAACCCAUUGAUUGGAUGGAAUAUAAAGCAACAAAGUCAUCCGACAUAACUUUAGUUAAUAGUGAAUAUACAGCAAGUGUUUUUAAGGAGACUUUUCCAGAUAUUGAUAAACAAGUUAAGGUACUAUAUCCCACCAUAUCUUCAUCAGUUGUUAAACUUUUGAAAUCAUCUGAUUCAACCAUAAUCCAAGAGAAAAUAUUAGAUGUACCAAAGGAUUCUAUUAUCUUCAUGUCAAUUAACCGUUUUCAUCCCGCUAAGAAGUUGGAGUUAGCCAUUGAAGCUAUGAGCCGUUUGAGAGUAAUGGUUGAAGAUUCAUUAUGGAGGAAAAUUUAUCUUGUUAUGAUUGGGGGAUAUGAUACUAAAUCAGAUAUAAAUAUGAAAUAUUUUGAUGAACUCUUGAAUUUAACUGAAAAUCUGAAGCUGAAGGAUAAUAUAAUUUUCUUUAAAUCUCCAUCAGAGAGCAAAAAGGUUCAGCUUUUACUUAGAUGUAGUUGUUUAAUAUACACACCAACCAAUGAACAUUUUGGAAUUGUACCUCUUGAAGCAAUGAUGGCAAGGAAGCCAGUUAUAGCUUGUAACAGUGGUGGUCCAAGAGAGACCAUAAGUCAUGGUCAAAACGGAUAUUUAUGUGAACCCAAUCCGGAAAAUUUAGCAGAGUAUAUGUUCAAAAUAAUGAAUGAUAAUAAUUUCGAUGAAAUGGGACAGAAAGGAAGUCUUAGGUUAGCAAAUUCAUUUUCUAAUGAAUUAUUUUCCAAAAAGUUGAAAACUAUUAUAUCAGAUGCUUUAAAAAACGGAACUUCAUGACUGUACACCUUGGAAACAAAAUAAUAAAUCUUUAUUCAUUCAAGUAACACUAACUUGAAAAUCAUUCCAAAAUGAAAAUUUUUUUGUAAAUAUUACUCUAACUUCAAAGCUGAAAGACCAUAAUUUAUUGAGGUAUCUGAAGAGAAUGACCAUUUAUUUGUCAGAACUGAAUAUCUGAAACCAUGUACCAACGUUGUUUGACAUUUAUCUGAAAUAAAAAAUAAUUUCAAUCUGGAAA